AUGUCGACAAGGAAAUUAGACGACGAAAGACCUGGAGAUGAAGGGACAACAGUGCCCCCUUCUAGUGAAGUAAUGCAUCCUGACAAACAACCUGCUGAGGCCGGAGAUCUCUGGCAUACUCUUAUACACUGGCAUGAUCUACCACACUGGCUGCAAGACAACCAGUUUAUCCACGGCAGCUACCGGCGGGCAUCCUACAGCUACACAAGAUCUCUUCGAAGCAUUCUGCACUGGCAUAAUGAGAGCGUAAACAUCUGGACGCAUUUAGUCCCUGCCACUCUCAGCUUGCCCUUUGCAGCAUUUCUCUAUAGCGUACUGGAACCUCGCUAUGAGAAAGCAUCAGUGGCCGACGUUAUAGCAAUGAGCUGCUUUUUCGGUGGUGCGGCUGUCUGUCUAGGACUGAGCGCAUUCUACCACACACUGUCCAACCACUCUCCACGGGUUGCUAGACUCUGGAAUCAGCUGGACUAUGCCGGUAUAUCUGUGCUGAUUGCCGGUUCAUUCAUUCCCAGUGUAUAUUAUGCAUUCUGGUGUCAUCCUGGGAAGCAAUGGACAUACUGGAUUAUGGUGAGCAAUAAUCCGACGAUGCAAGCACACUACUGA